GAGGAUACCCGAUUGCGACCUUGCUUACAAAAAUGGCAGGGGUUACCAGGCUUGCACGAACUGUUCUGCAAAAUAGCAGACUUCUUGCAUCUCCAAGCGUAAUUGUUAGGAAUGCAAGAUGCUGCAGUGUUGUUGCGGGAAGUACACAGCACACACUGAGUGUGAAAAAACGGAUUGACAAGACCAGAGAAGCGUCUUUACUGGGUGGUGGAAAGAAGAGAAUAGCUAAACAACAUCAAAAGGGCAAACUUACAGCCAGAGAGAGAAUCCAUUUGAUGUUGGAUCCUGGAAGUUUUGUAGAGUAUGAUGCUUUCCUUGAACACAACUGUACCGACUUUGGUAUGGAAAAUGAGAAGUUCCCAGGAGACAGUGUGGUAACUGGUCGUGGUACUAUUAAUGGCAGGAUGUGCUUUGUGUUCAGUCAGGACUUCACUGUGUUUGGUGGCAGCUUGUCUGGUGCACAUGCCAAGAAAAUCUGUAAGAUAAUGGAUCAAGCAAUGUUGGUUGGUGCCCCUGUGAUUGGCCUCAAUGAUUCUGGUGGAGCCAGGAUCCAGGAAGGAGUUGAAUCUCUAGCAGGCUAUGCAGAUAUCUUCCAGAGAAAUGUGAAUGCCUCGGGUGUUAUACCACAGAUUUCACUCAUUAUGGGACCUUGUGCAGGUGGUGCUGUGUAUUCACCUGCAUUGACAGAUUACACAUUUAUGGUCAAGGAUACCUCUUACUUGUUCAUCACAGGACCAGAUGUUGUCAAGUCUGUAACUAAUGAGGAUGUCACUCAGGAGGAGUUAGGCGGGGCUAAAACACACACCACUAUAUCAGGUGUGGCCCAUAGAGCCUUUGAGAAUGACGUGGAUGGCUUGCUGCAGGUGAGGGAAUUCUUUGACUUCCUGCCGUUAAGCAACCAAGAUCCUGCGCCAAUCAGAGAAUGCUAUGACCCUUGGGACAGAGAUGUACCCGGGCUUGAUACAGUUGUUCCCCUGGAGACAACUGCUGCGUAUGACAUUAAAGAUGUUAUGACAAGUGUAGCAGACGACAGCCAUUUCUUUGAGAUUAUGCCAAACUAUGCCAAAAAUAUAGUGGUAGGGUUCUCACGUAUGAAUGGUCGCACUGUCGGUAUGGUAGGGAACCAGCCUAAAGUGGCAGCAGGCUGCCUUGAUAUUAAUGCUUCAGUGAAGGGUGCACGUUUUGUGAGGUUCUGUGACAGCUUCAACAUACCUAUAGUUACAUUCGUGGAUGUUCCAGGAUUCUUACCAGGAACUAGCCAAGAGUAUGGCGGUAUUAUUCGACAUGGAGCCAAGCUUUUGUUUGCUUAUGCAGAAGCCACUGUACCUAAAAUCACAGUCAUUACAAGGAAGGCCUAUGGUGGUGCAUAUGAUGUAAUGAGCUCUAAGCAUCUGCGUGGAGAUACAAACUAUGCUUGGCCUACUGCUGAGGUUGCUGUAAUGGGAGCAAAGGGGGCAGUGUCUAUCAUAUUUCGGGGCAAGGAUCAAGCUAAGAACGAGGCAGAAUAUGUAGAGAAGUUUGCCAAUCCUUUCCCAGCUGCUGUUCGGGGAUUUGUUGAUGACAUUAUAGAGCCCAGAACAACAAGAAGACGAAUCUGUUUAGACUUAGACGUGUUAGCCAGUAAAAAACGUGAAAAUCCAUGGAAAAAACAUGCUAAUAUGCCCCUUUAAGUAAAAAAUGGUGUGUAAUCAAUAUUAUAUUAAAUGUAGUGAUGCAAUAGGGCAAAUGUUGUACUUUAACUGCCCAUGAAAAAAAUAGAAGCUUACUAGUUAGAGUCGGCUGAUAGUAGUUUCAUCGGCAAAUGACAGUUUUCUUGUCAUCCCGGAUGCACCCAGAGGAAAUCGGUUUCUGAAUGAAACUGAUUAGAAAAAUGAAAAAAACUGCUCAUUGUUCUGCUUGGUAGAAAAAUAUGAAACUUUAAGGUUAUAAAUCCACUGGAAUGAUGUUAUUUGUAACACUGCUGAAUGUAUAUUUCGUCAAUUUUUGCAUAUCUGCUUCAUCAGAUAAGUGUAUAUUAAUGUAAAGUCAUUGAUCAAAAUAAAGGCUUUUAGAAUUUUCUUUAUUUGUGUACCUGUUGAUUACUGACAAUACCAGUUGAUUACCGCCUAGAUAUGAUUAGUCAGAAUCUCAGGGAUGUAGGAAGAAUUUUUCCUACAGAAAGUCUGGUUGAAAUAUUUUUAGAAAUUCAGGUGAAAGCCUUAGGGUGUUGACUAAAAGCAUUGCAUACUGGGUAUUUUCAUAUAUUCAUACUGUUUCUUUAUCAUUGAUCAUAAAAUGAAAGUUUAGAAUAUUACUUUAACCGAUAACAAUUAAUGUUGUGGAGCUAAAACCUGCUAUCUGCAGUCUUUGUCUAUAUGUAGAUAGCACAUUUUUGCAAUUAAAGUACAUAGAAGUUUUAUGUUUUUGCAUUUUUGCUUCAAAAUGAAUAUUCAGAUUAUUAUGAAGUUUUGUCCCAUGAAUGUCUUUUUGGUUAUUAUUGUGUUUUGUUACCCGUGCAGGUAUGUUAUUUCCUUAAAUGAAUUGCCAGUGAUAUGUGUUCGGCUGUUGUGACACACAAACCUUUAUCAAAGUAAACUAUGUAACUUGUGAGCAAACUACUGGUAUAUCUAUUGUAGUCACUAUAUUUUACAGUAACUAUGAUCUGAAUGUUAAUUUAAGUUCAUUGUAUGUAUAUAUGCAUGACAAAAAACUGUGUAUAGUUUUAUAAAAUGUUCUGUUAAAGUAAAAAAAAAAUGUAAAUGAUGGUGAUAUUCUAGAUGUUACUCUAAUUUUUUUAAUACAGUUGACAAGAUUUCCAGUCUUAUCUUAGUUACAAGAAAACAGACACAUACAAACUUACUGAAUGACUUGCAGGUCAGCAGUCAAAACUAUUUCCUGAGGGCUGAUAGUUUUGACUAAUGAAUGGUUAAUUUGUUACACGACAUAAAAAAUAGAUUUUAUAUUUUAUAUUUUUUCUCAAGCUGUGAUCUUGGUCUAGCAAAUCCGAUCUGUAGACCAGUCAAUAGCACAAACUAUUGACCGGCAAUUUAUAUAAGUUGGCAUGUAAUAAUACUACUACGUUAUAUUCAUUCAAUCAAAUCAGUAAACACUUUUAACAGUAGAACCAUUUCAAGAAAUCAAACAUUGCUUUACAGUAUAGAUUAUUAUCUUGCAUACAUUUGGAGGUUUUAAACUUGCCAAUCAUCUUUUUCUUCUUCUAAUAAAAAGCACUAAAAAAGCUUUUGCCCGACACCUUUUGAUCAAAGCAGAUGAAGUCAUAGAUUCAUGUACAUGUAGACUAUCGAAAGAGUUAAAUACUAGAAUAUAGUUAUUUCAUGGUCUUGUCUGAGUCAAUAGUCAGCUACCGGUAUUUGCCCUUGCUCCUUCAGACUUUUGAUGAUAUUUUCAGUUGUAUGCAAAAAAGCUGUUUCAUUACAUUUCAACAGAAAUAAGUUUCCAAAUAUUUUUAUUUUUACAAAAGUAAACGGUGUUUAAUAUAGAACAUUCACAGCACAAACUACGGACUAGCAAUUUACGUAACGAGUCUUGUAGUGACAGUUUCUAUUGUACGGCCAGUUCACCUCCCCCAUUUCCCCUUUUGUAUGGCCAGAAUUUUCUUUUAUAUCGAACAGCUUUUUAGAAAUGGUUUUAGUGUCUGUUCAGUUAUUCUCUCUAUUUUUUGUUUGUGAAUACUCAUUGCAGAUUAGCAUUUAUUUAUGAUAUGUAGACUUUGUUAAGAAUAAAAUAUUAAACCAUG